GUAAAAAUGAGUGAAGGCUCUAUGGGCGGCUUGAUGAACCUCGAAGAAGAUCAGUUCAGCAACAACAACGAUGAGGUAGAUGACUUCCUCAAUCAGAAUGACGGUGAAGACCAGCUCUGCUUAGAUCCUAAUUACGAGCAACAAAUGCAAGAACAACAAUUUAUGCAAGACGACCAAAGAGGAGAUAAUAUAGGAGAUGAAGGCAUAAACUUUGAAAAUUUCGAUCAUGAUUAUGCAGAAGAUCUCCAAGACCCUAGGAUCGGAAAUGAUGUACACCAAAAUCCUAACCAAUUACUAAGUCCAUAUAAUAACGGAAUGAGAAAUGAUAUGAGGCAGUACCAAGACCCCAAAGACAGGAGAGAAGAUCAAUAUGUACAUCAUGAAGAAGAAAAGAAAAAUCCAGAUAAUAUUGGAGAAAUGGUGGAUGCUCAGGGCUGGAUGGAAAAUCCGAAACAAGAUCCUUAUAAUUUCGAUGAGUACCAAAACAUGAACAUGGUUAAACAAGAUCCUAACAACUGUGAUAACUUAAUCCUGGAUGAAGAGUUUGGAAAUGCCAAUGCCUUCUCAAAGAUGGAGAAGACCAACAAACCCAUGACAAAAGAAAACAUGUUUGAGAUAAAACAAGAAGAUCCGAAAGAAAUCCAGGGGCUAUACGAUCCAAAGAUGAUGGAUGAUAUGAGUCCUUACAAAAAGAUCAAGGAAGAAAUAAAAGAAGACAAAGAAGUCAGAGUCUUAGAAAAGAACGACCUUAUUGACGCUUACUCUUUUAUCUCUAGAUUUAACGGUCAGAUUGUGUGAUUUAUCUGUCAACAAAUCAUUCCAGGCGAAGCUGUGAAGGUAUUAUGUGUUGAAUGCUCUCAAUCGAGUUAUUAUGAGGUUCCAAUUGAUGACUAUAACAAAGCUAUCUCAUGAAAUAAGAAAAGAAGCACAAAUAUCUUGAAUGAAAAGGAUGAGUUUAAACCACUUGGGAUUAAAAUGAAAUUCACAAGCAACGAGAAACCCAAAGUAGUCAGAAGAGGAAGAACUCCUAAUAAACCCACUGAUCCUUUUAUAUUUUGCUUGGAUUGCUUAAGAAAUGGAAAGGAAAAUUUUGACCACUUCAAAACUCACUCCUAUCACAUUGUUGAUAAGCUUGAACAAAGUUUAUUUACCAAUAGCUUUAAUGUCAAAGAAGAGUCUGCAUUUAUACAUGGGGUAGCCAAAUGGGGUUUAGACAACUGGCGUACACUAUCACGCCACCUGAACCAUUCCAAGGAUUAUAAAGAACUUUGUAAUCAUUUCUACUCCUACUAUUACGAUGUAUAUGCAAUAAGCGAGGGAAGUAAAGACCCUCUGAAAUAUUUGAAGAACAGGAGCAACCACGACAUCGAUUUGGCCAACAGAGUGAUUAAUGCACUGACCCAAUCAAUGGUGCUUUCAAAAUUACCUAACGAAAAGGAAGAAGUCAACCAAGAACUGCUACAACAAAACCUCCAGCGAGAAUUGAAAAUCAACAGAUUAAUGGAGGACCACUUCGAGGCCACCUGUGGGAUCGGCAAGGACGCUAACAGGCCAAGGGCCACCAGAGGCCGCCGAUCAGAGCUUAACUGCAAGAACAAAAAGAUCGCCAAAAUUAUAAACUACAACGCCAAAAGAAGAGAGUUUACUCGUGAUGAUGAAUGAGAAGAAAAUGAAGAGAAGACGAUCUGAGAGCUUAACUUUAAUGUACCCAAUUAUGGUGUUGACGGUGAAAUAGCUGAGAAAGCAGUCAAGAAAGAUGGGAGAAAGAAGAAAAAUAAGAAAGAUGAGUUCCUCAACCAUGAUAUUCCUGAAGACAAGAAAAUAGGCGCUCUUAAUCAUUAUAAUAAUGUUCUCGAUGGAUACAAGAAGUACAAAAUCCUUCAAGAAUGGGGCAUGUUUGAUUUUGGGAAAAACCCUAUAGAAAAUAUUAUCAUGGAAACUCCUGAAGAGGUGGACUUCGUCAACUCCAUGAAGGUAUUUACGAGAUAUAAUACAUGUGAAGGCCACAUUAGUAUGAUGAACUCCCUCUUGCUUGAGAAAAAUUUGAGAGAAUAUAUUGCUUAUCUGAGAACUGUAAACGCAAAAGGAAGGCAUGAUGCUAAUCUGGUUGAUACUAUCAGUAACAAAAGAAUUUUCAAACUCCUUGCCAAUAAGAUUCAAGAUGCUGAUUUCAAUCCUAAUGAUAUUAUUGAUUCGAAGGAGCUAUCAGAUGAUGAGCAAGAACAGACUGAUCAAAAUGAAGCUCCAAUUAGAAGAAAUUAUGAGACUUUAUGAAAGAAGUUAAACAGGAAGCUAUUAAGACCCAAGAUCUGCUAUAAUUACUCUUGUAGCAUCCCUCUACUCCCUGGUUACCAUGGCUUAAACGAAUGUGAAAGAAUGCUAGUCGAGUCUAUGAGAAUUUACCCAGUGAGAUUCCUACAAAUAAAAAGAAAUAUUCUUGAGUUUAGGUCGAUGUUAGGAGAUAAUGUAAAGAACGAUCCAAACAAACUUGGUCUAACUCCUCCAGAUGCAGAUCAUCUUACUUUUGCACCCUUCUGGAAGGACAUGGUUGAAGCACUAGAUAGAGAUAAGGGAGAUGGAAAGUUAUUCCCCAGUCCAAUCACCUCAAUAGAAAUAAUAAAGAAGAUCUACUAUAUGCUGAUGACAAAUCAAUAAUUCAAUUACUACGAA